AUGGCGGCGGGUUUCCUCAAAUCUGGCGAUUUGGGCCCCCAUCCGCACAGCUAUGGCGGCCCGCAUCCCCAUCACUCGGUGCCGCACGGGCCCCUGCCGCCGGGCAUGCCGAUGCCGUCUUUGGGUCCCUUCGGCCUCCCACAUGGUCUCGAGGCCGUUGGGUUCUCCCAAGGUAUGUGGGGUGUCAACACAAGAAAACAGCGUCGGGAGCGCACUACAUUCACACGCGCCCAAUUGGACGUCCUGGAGGCACUGUUCGGCAAGACCCGCUAUCCGGAUAUAUUCAUGCGCGAAGAGGUGGCUCUAAAGAUAAAUCUGCCCGAAUCCCGAGUACAGGUUUGGUUCAAGAAUCGACGCGCCAAGUGCCGCCAACAGUUGCAGCAGCAGCAGCAGUCGAACAGCUUGAGCAGCUCCAAGAACGCCAGCGGCGGGGCAGGCAGCGGCAGCUGCAGCGGCUCCAACAACAGCCGUAGCGGCGGCGGCAGCGGCAGUGGCAACAACAACAGCGGCAGCGGCAAGUCCGGCGGCCAAAAGCAGAGCCAAAGCCAAAGCGGCGGCGGCGGCGGCGGUGGCAGCAGCAGCUCUGCGGCGGCAGCGGCCAGUGCAGCGGCAGCCGUGGCGGCGGCCCAGUCGAUCAAGACGCAUCACAGUUCCUUCCUGAGCGCCGCUGCUGCGGCAGCUGCUGGGGGAUCUGGCGGUGGCAACAAUGGCAACAACAGCAGCGGCAGCAACAACAACAACAACAACAACAGCAACAACAACGGCGGCGGAUCGACGCCGAACAGCAGCAGCAGCAGCACCGGCGGCAGCAACUCCCACAGCCACGCGCAUCUAUCCGCAGCAGCAGCAGCGGCCGCCCUGAACGUGACGGCGGCGCACCAGAACUCCUCGCCCUUGCUCCCCACCCCGGCCACCUCCGUCAGUCCCGUGAGCAUCGUCUGCAAGAAGGAGCACGGCCUGACGGGCGGCUACGGUGGCGGCGGCGGCGGCGGCGGCGGCGGUGGAGGCGGAGGCGUUGGCUCCUCCGGCGGCGUUGGCCUCAAUCUCGGCGUCGGCGUGGGCGGCGGCGUCGGCGGUGGCGUCGGUGUCGGUGUGGGCGUAUCCGGGGAUGUGCUCCGCUCGCCCUACGAUCAGCUGAAGGACGCCGGCGGUGACAUCGGCGCUGGGGUGCAUCACCAUCACAGCAUCUACGGAUCGGCGGCGGGCAGCAAUCCCCGCCUGCUGCAGCCGGGCGGCAACAUCACGCCGAUGGACAGCAGCAGCAGCAUCACCACCCCCUCACCGCCGAUCACCCCCAUGUCGCCGCAGUCGGCAGCAGCGGCCGCACAUGCCGCGCAAUCGGCCCAGUCCGCCCACCACUCGGCCCACUCGGCCUACAUGUCCAACCACGACUCGUACAACUUCUGGCACAACCAGUACCAGCAGUACCCCAACAACUACGCCCAGGCGCCCAGCUACUACUCCCAGAUGGAGUACUUCAGCAACCAGAACCAGGUGAACUACAACAUGGGCCACUCGGGGUACACGGCCUCCAACUUUGGCCUCUCGCCCUCGCCCAGCUUCACCGGCACUGUGUCCGCCCAGGCCUUCUCACAGAACAGCCUCGACUACAUGUCGCCGCAGGAUAAGUAUGCGAAUAUGGUGUAGAAUCUACUCUUCCAGUACUGCGGCACGAGCAGCACGAGCAGCACGAGCAACACGGGGAGCGGGAGUGGGAGUGGCAGUGGCAGUGGCAGUGGCACGGGG